AUGAAGACGGUGGCUCUACUGGCAUGGGCCUGCUGCUGGAUCAAUGGUGAGAGGACCUCUGUCAUGUUGUUAAUUAGGAUUAUGGAUCAAUGGUGAGAGGAUCUCUAUCAUGUUGUUAAUUAGGAUUAUGGAUCAAUGGUGAGAGGACCUAUAUCAUGUUGUUAAUUAGGAUUAUGGAUCAAUGGUGAGAGGAUCUCUAUCAUGUUGUUAAUUAGGAUUAUAGAUCAAUGGUGAGAGGAUCUCUAUCAUGUUGUUAAUUAGGAUUAUGGAUCAAUGGUGAGAGGACCUCUAUCAUGUUGUUAAUUAGUAUUAUGGAUCAAUGGUGAGAGGACCUCUAUCAUGUUGUUAAUUAGGAUUAUGGAUCAAUGGUGAGAGGACCUCUAUCAUGUUGUUAAUUAGUAUUAUGGAUCAAUGGUGAGAGGACCUCUAUCAUGUUGUUAAUUAGUAUUAUGGAUCAAUAAUUCUCCCCCCUCUUCUCCCUCUCCCCCCCAUCCCCUCUCUCCCCCCCUCCCCCAUCCCCUCUCCCCCCCUCCCUCUCCUCCCCCCCCCCCCCCCCCCCCCCCCUCUCCCCCCUCCCCUCCCCCCCUCGUCCCCCUCCCCAUCCCUCUCGCCUACUCCCCUCUCCCUCUCCCCCUCUCCCCCUCCCCUUUCCCCCCCCCCCCUCCUCUCCCUCUCCCCCCCCCCCCCUCUCCCCUCUCCCUCUCUCCUCUGUCCCUCCCCUCUCCCCCCCCCUCCCUGCCCCGCCCCCCCCUCCUCUCCCUCUGCCCCCCGUCCCCCCUCCCCCCCCCCCCCCCCCCCCCCCCCCCCCCCUCCUCCCCUCCAGUGUGUACCAGUGCCCAGGGUCGUUAUGCCCAGAAGCUGCUUAAUGACCUGAUGGAGAGUUACUCUAGUGCUCUGAGACCAGUAGAGGACACAGACAAGACCCUGAACGUCACACUACAGAUCACCCUGUCUCAGAUCAAAGACAUGGUGAGGACUCACUACAGAUCACCCUGUCUCAGAUCAAAGACAUGGUGAGGACUCACUACCAGAUCACCCUGUCUCAGAUCAAAGACAUGGUGAGGACUCAAUACAGAUCACCCUGUCUCAGAUCAAAGACAUGGUGAGGACUCACUACAGAUCACCCUGUCUCAGAUCAAAGACAUGGUGAGGACUCACUACAGAUCACCCUGUCUCAGAUCAAAGACAUGGUGAGGACUCACUACAGAUCACCCUGUCUCCGAUCAAAGACAUGGUGAGGACUCACUACAGAUCACCCUGUCUCAGAUCAAAGACAUGGUGAGGACUCACUACAGAUCACCCUGUCUCAGAUCAAAGACAUGGUGAGGACUCACUACAGAUCACCCUGUCUCAGAUCAAAGACAUGGUGAGGACUCACUACAGAUCACCCUGUCUCAGAUCAAAGACAUGGUGAGGACUCACUACAGAUCACCCUGUCUCAGAUCAAAGACAUGGUGAGGACUCACUACAGAUCACCCUGUCUCAGAUCAAAGACAUGGUGAGGACUCACUACAGAUCACCCUGUCUCAGAUCAAAGACAUGGUGAGGACUCACUACAGAUCACCCUGUCUCAGAUCAAAGACAUGGUGAGGACUCACUACAGAUCACCCUGUCUCAGAUCAAAGACAUGGUGAGGACUCACUACAGAUCACCCUGUCUCAGAUCAAAGACAUGGUGAGGACUCACUACAGAUCACCCUGUCUCAGAUCAAAGACAUGGUGAGGACUCACUACAGAUCACCCUGUCUCAGAUCAGGGAGGACUCACUACAAGAUCACCUGUCUCAGAUCAAAGACAUGGUGAGGACUCACUACAGAUCACCCUGUCUCAGAUCAAAGACAUGGUGAGGACUCACUACAGAUCACCCUGUCUCAGAUCAAAGACAUGGUGAGGACUCACUACAGAUCACCCUGUCUCAGAUCAAAGACAUGGUGAGGACUCACUACAGAUCACCCUGUCUCAGAUCAAAGACAUGGUGAGGACUCACUAGAGUAGAAAACCACCAGCCUGUUGUGUGUUUACUGCAGGGUUCUCCAACCCUGUUCCUGGUGUACUGCAAGGUUCUCCAACCCUGUUCCUGGUGUACUGCAGGGUUCUCCAACCCUGUUCCUGGUGUACUGCAAGGUUCUCCAACCCUGUUCCUGGUGUACUGCAGGGUUUCUCCAACCCUGUUCCUGGUGUACUGCAAUGUUCUCCAACCCUGUUCCUGGUGUACUGCAAGGUUCUCCAACCCUGUUCCUGGUGUACUGCAAGGUUCUCCAACCCUGUUCCUGGUGUACUGCAAGGUUCUCCAACCCUGAUCCUGGUGUACUGCAGGGCUCUACAACCCUGUUCCUGGUGUACUGCAAGGUUCUCCAACCCUGUUCCUGGUGUACUGCAGGGUUCUCCAACCCUGUUCCUGGUGUACUGCAAGGUUCUCCAACCCUGUUCCUGGUGUACUGCAGGGUUCUCCAACCCUGUUCCUGGUGUACUGCAAGGUUCUCCAACCCUAUUCCCGUUGUACUGCAGGGCUCUCCAACCCUGUUCCUGUUGUACUGCAAGGUUCUCCAACCCUGUUCCUGGUGUACUGCAAGGUUCUCCAACCCUGUUCCUGGUGUACUGCAAGGUUCUCCAACCCUGUUCCUGGUGUACUGCAGGGUUCUCCAACCCUGUUCCUGGUGUACUGCAGGGUUCUCCAACCCUGUUCCUGGUGCAGUGUCUUUUUAACGUCUCUAGAGAGCAGCAAGUGGCAGCAGUGGAUUGUAAUAUAGAUAUAACAUUGUUAGUUAUAUAACCAGGAUGACAAGUUUCACCUGUCCUUAUCUUACGUGUGUGUGUGGUGUGUGUGUGUGUGUGUGUGUGUGUGUGUGUAGGAUGAGAGGAACCAGGUGUUGACUACCUACUUGUGGAUCCGUCAGACGUGGUUUGAUGCGUACCUGAAGUGGGAUAAAGAGGAAUAUGAUGGUCUGGAGGUUAUCCGAAUCCCCAGUAACCUGGUCUGGAGACCUGACAUAGUGCUUUAUAACAAGUCGUUCUGUCUCUCUCUCUCUCUUCUCUCUCUGUCUCUCGGUCUCUUCUCUCUGUCCCGCUCUCCUCUGCGUCUCUCUCUCUCUCGCUCUGUCCUGUCUCUGUCUCUUCUAUCUGUCUCUCUCUCUGUCUCUGUCUAUAUUGUUCUCUUCUGUCUCUGUCUAUCUCUCUCGAUCUGUCGUCUCUCUCAUCUCUGUCUCUCUCUUUCGUCUAUCAUAGUAUGUCUCUUUCUAUAUUCUGUCUUCUCUCUAUUGUCUCUCUUCUCUCUCUAUGUCUCUUCCUUGUCUCUCUAUCUCUGUCUCUAUCUCUCUAUCUCUCUUCUCUCUCUUGUCUCUCACUCUAUCUGUCUCUCUCUCUCUCUCUGUCUCUAUCUCUGUCUUCUGUCUCUCUCUCUGUCUCUGUCUCUGUCUCUCUGUCUCUCUCCUGUCUCUCUCUCUCUCGCUCUGUCUGUCUCUCUGUCUCUCUGUCUCUCUCUCUCUCUGUCUCUCUCUCUGUCUCUGUCUCUCUCUCUCUCUGUCUCUCUCUCUCUCUCUCUCUCUCUGUUCUCUCUCUCUCGCUCUGUUGGUCUCUCUCUCUCUCUGGUCUCUCUCUCUCUAUGCUCUCUCUCUGUCUCUGUCUCUCUCUUCUCUCGUUCUCUCUCUCUAUCCUCUCUCUCUGUCUCUCUCUCUCUCGCUCUGGCUGUCUCUCUCUCUCUCUGUCUCUCUCUCUCUCUGUCUCUCUCUCUCUGUCUCUGUCUCUCUCUCUCUCCCUCUCUCUCUCUCUCUGUCUCUCUCGCUCUCGCUCUCGCUCUCUCUCUCUCAAAGCUGUCAUCAAGGCAAAGGGUGUCUAUUGGAAGAAUCUCAAAUAUAAAAUAUAUUGUUUAACACUUUUAUAUUGUUUAACACUGUUAUAUUUCAUAGUUUUGAUGUCUUUAAAAAUAAAGAAAUAUCCUUGAAUGAGUAGGUGUGUCCAAACUUUUGACUGGUACUGUACCUCUCUAUGUCUCUCUAUGUCUCUCUAUGUCUCUCUAUGUCUCUCUAUGUGUCUCUAUGUCUCUCUAUGUCUCUCUAUGUCUCUCUAUGUGUCUCUAUGUACCUCUCUAUGUACCUCUCUAUGUGUCUCCGUGUGUGUGUGUGUAUUUAUACUGGGUGUGUGUAUGUGUGUGCGUGUGUCUCUGUGCAUGUCUCUCUGUUUCUUUGUCUCUGUGUCUCUGUGCGUGUCUCUGUGUGUCUCUGUGUGUGUCUCUCUGUGUCUCUGUGCGUGUCUCUGUGUGUGUGUCUCUCUGUGUCUCUGUGUGUGUCUCUCUGUGUCUCUGUGUGUGUCUCUCUGUGUCUCUGUGUGUGUCUCUCUGUGUCUCUGUGCGUGUCUCUGUGUCUCUUUGUGUCUCUCUGUGUCUCCGUGUGUGUCUCUAUAUGUCUCUGUGUCUCUGUGCGUGUCUCUCUGUGUCUCUGUGCGUGUCUCUGCGUAUCUCUGUGUGUGUCUCUCUGUGUCUCGUGUGUGUCUCUCUGUGUCUCUGUGCGUGUCUCUGCGUGUCUCUGUGUGUGUCUCUCUGUGUCUCUGUGCGUGUCUCUCUGUGUCUCUGUGUGUGUCUCUCUGUGUCUCUGUGCAUGUCUCUCUGUGUCUCUGUGUGUGUCUCUGUGUGUCUCUGUGUGUAGGGCUGAUGAGGAGGCAUCUGGUCCAGCGGAGACCAACGUGGUGUUACGUUAUAAUGGAGAGAUAACCUGGGACAUGCCUGCCAUCACUAAGAGCUCCUGUGUUGUGGACGUCUCUUACUUUCCCUUCGACUGGCAGUGGUGUAACCUCACCUUUGGGUCAUGGACAUACAACGGCAACCAGGUACGCACAGAGGUAUACACACACACACACACACACACACGCACACACACACACACACACACACACACACACACACACACACAUAAAGAGACAUUUACACAUGCAUAUACGCACUAUAAAUAUAUAUAUACACACUACCUGUCAAAGGUUUUAGAACACCUACUCAUUCAAGGGUUUUUCUUUAUUUUUUACUAUUUUUUUACAUUGUAGAAUAAUAGUGAAGACAUCAAAACUAUGAAAUAACACAUAUGGAAUCAUGUAGUAACCAAAAAAAGUGUUAAACAAAUCAAAAUAUAUUUUAUAUUUAAGAUUCUUCAAAUAGCCACCCUUUGCCUUGAUGACAGCUUUGCACACUCUUGGCAUUCUCUCAACCAGCUUUACCUGGAAUGCUUUUCCAACUUUGUUGAAGGAGUUCCCACAUAUGCUGAGCACUUGUUGGCUGCUUUUCCUUCACUCUGCGGUCCGACUCAUCCCAAACCAUCUCAAUUGGGUUGAGGUCGGGGGAUUGUGGAGGCCAGGUCAUCUGAUGCAGCACUCCAUCACUCUCCUUCGUGGUCAAAUAGCCCUUACACAGCCUGGAGGUGUGUUGGGUCAUUGUCCUGUUGAAAAACAAAUGAUAGUCCCACUAAGCCCAAACCAGAUGGGAUGGCGUAUCGCUGCAGAAUGCUGUGGUAGCCAUGCUGGUUAAGUGUGCCUUGAAUUCUAAAUAAAUCACAGACAGUGUCACCAGCAAAGCACCCCCACACCAUAACACCUCCUCCUCCAUGCUUUACGGUGGGAACUACACAUGCGGAGAUCAUCCGUUCACCCACACCGCGUCUCACAAAGACACGGCGGUUGGAACCGAAAAUCACCAAUUUAGACUCCAGACCAAAGGACACAUAUCCACCGGUCUAAUGUCCAUUGCUCGUGUUUCUUGGCCCAAGCAAGUCUCUUCUUCUUAUUGGUGUCCUUUAGUAGUGGUUUCUUUGCAGCAAUUCGACCAUGAAGGCCUGAUUCACACAGUCUCCUCUGAACAGUUGAUGUUGAGAUGUGUCUGUUACUUGAACUCUGUGAAGCAUUUAUUUGGGCUGCAAUUUCUGAGGCUGGUAACUCUAAUGAAAGUAUCCUCUGCAGCAGAGGUAACUCUGGGUCUUCCAUUCCUGUGGCGGUCCUCAUGAGAGCGUUUCAUCAUAGGGCUUGAUGGUUUUUGCGACUGCACUUGAAGAAACAUUCUUGAAAUGUUCUGUAUUGACUGACCUUCAUGUCUUAAAGUAAUGAUGGACUGUCAUUUCUCUUUGCUUAUUUGAGCUGUUCUUGCCAUAAUAUGGACUUGGUCUUUUACCAAAUAGGGCUAUCUUCUGUAUAUCCCCCCUACCUUGUCACAACACAACUGAUUGGCUCAAACGCAUUAAGAAGGAAAGAAAUUCCACAAAUUAACUUUUAACAAGGCAUACCUGUUAAUUGAAAUGCAUUCCAGGUGACUACCUCAUGAAGCUUGUUGAGAGAAUGCCAAGAGUGUGCAAAGCUGUCAUCAAGGCAAAGGGUGGCUAUUUGAAGAAUCUUAAAUAUAAAAUAUAUAUUUUGAUUUGUUUAACACUUUUGGUUACUACAUGAUUCCAUAUGUGUUAUUUCAUAGUUUUGAUGUCUUCACUAUUAUUCUACAAUGUAGAAAAUAGUAAAAAAUAAAGGAAAAACCUUUGAAUGAGUAGGUGUUCUAAAAGUUUUGACCGGUAGUGUGUGUAUGUGUAUAUAUAUGUAUAUAUGUAUGUAUGUAUGUAUGUGUAUAUAUAUGUACAGUGGGGAGAACAGGUAUUUGAUACACUGCCUAUUUUGCAGGUUUUCCUACUUACAAAGCAUGUAGAGGUCUGUAAUUUUUAUCAUAGGUACACUUCAACUGUGAGAGACGGAAUCUAAAACAAACAUCCAGAAAAUCACAUUGUAUGAUUUUUAAGUAAUUAAUUUGCAAUUCAUUGCAUGACAUAAGUAUUUGAUCACCUACCAACCAGUAAGAAUUCCGGCUCUCACAGACCUGUUCGUUUUUCUUUAAGAAGCCCUCCUGUUCUCCACUCAUUACCUGUAUUAACUGCACCUGUUUGAACUCAUUACCUGUAUAAAAGACACCUGUCCACACACUCAAUCAAACAGAUUCCAACCUCUCCACAAUGGCCAAGACCAGAGAGCUGUGUAAGGACAUCAGGGAUAAAAUUGUAGACCUGCACAAGGCUGGGUUGGGCUACAGGACAAUAGGCAAACAGCUUGGUGAGAAGGCAACAACUGUUGGCGCAAUUAUUAGAAAAUGGAAGAAGUUCAAGAUGACGGUGGGUCUUCCAGCAUGACAACGAUCCCGAAACACACAGCCAGGGCAACUAAGGAGUGGCUCCGUAAGAAGCAUCUCUAGGUCCUGGAGUGGCCUAGCCAGUCUCCAGAUCUGAACCCAAUAUAAAAUCUUUGGAGGGAGCUGAAAGUCCGUAUUGCCCAGCGACAGCCCCGAAACCUGAAGGAUCUGGAGAAGGUCUGUAUGGAGGAGUGGGCCAAAAUCCCUGCUGCAGUGUGUGCAAACCUGGUCAAGACCUACAGGAAACGUAUGAUCUCUGUAAUUGCAAACAAAGGUUUCUGUACCAAAUAUUAAGUUCUGCUUUUCUGAUGUAUCAAAUACUUAUGUAAUGCAAAUUAAUUACUUAAAAAUCAUACAAUGUGAUUUUCUGGAUUUACAGACCUCUACAUGCUUUGUAAGUAGGAAAACCUGCAAAAUCGGCAGUGUAUCAAAUACUUGUUCUCCCCACUGUAUAUACAGUGCCCUCCACUAUUAUUGGCACCCCUGUUUAAGAUGUGGUUGAGGACUUCCAAAAAUUCUCCUUUUUUUUUUAAACAACAUAGAACCCAAAUGCAAAAAAAGAGAAAAAUCCAACCUUUUAUUUAAGUACAUUACUUUGGUGGUAAAAAAAAAAUCACACUUUUAGAAAAAUAAAAACUUGAAAUCAUGUGUCCCACAAUUAUUGGCACCCCUAACAAUUCCGCUGAAAAUUUUAAUUGAUUUUUUUAAAAAUAUAUUUUUCUGUAGUUGCUAAAGUUGGUCAGGGUAUCUAGGAACUUUUAAUUAGUAAUUCAUGACUUCCUGUUUCCCUGGGGUAUAAAUAUGACGUGACACAGAGGCCCUAAUUCUCUAACCCAUUUGUCAACAUGGCAAAGACAAGAGAACACACCAUUCAAGUAAGGCAGAUUUGUGUCGACCUUCAUAAGUCAGGCAAUGGCUACAAGAAAAUAGCCACUCGCCUUAACUUGCCCGUAUCUACAGUCAGAGGAAUCAUUAAGAAGUUUAAAACAACUGGAACAGUGACAAACAAGGCUGGAAGAGGUCCCAAGUUUAUCUUGCCACAACGCACAGUGAGGAGGAUGGUAAGAGAAGUAAAAAAAAGUCCUAAGCUCACUGUCACAGAAUUGCAUCAAAGAGUGGCAUCUUGGGGUCACAAAGUCUCCAAAACAACCAUCAGACGCUCUCUACAUGCCAACAAGCUGUUUGGGAGGCAUGCAAGGAAAAAGCCUUUUCUCACUAACACUCACAAACGUAAACGUCUGGAGUUUGCUAAGCGGCACUGGGACUUCAACUGGGAUCGUGUGCUUUGGUCAGAUGAGACUAAGAUUGAGCUUUUUGGCAACAAACACUAAGUGGGUCUGGCGUAAAACAAAAGAUGAGUAUGCCGAAAAGCACCUCAUGCCCACCGUGAAGUGUGGUGGAGGAUCUGUGAUGCUGUGGGCCUGUUUCUCUUCCAAAGGCCCUGGGAACCUUGUUAGGGUGCAUGGCAUUAUGAACGCUUUGAACUACCAGGACAUUUUAAAUAAAAACCUGAUGGCCUCUGCCAGAAAGCUGAAGAUGGGUCGUCAUUGGGUCUUUCAGCAGGAUAAUGAUCCAAAACAUGUGGCAAAAUCUAUACAAAAAUGGUUCAGCAGUCACAAACUCAAGGUCCUCCCAUGGCCAUCUCAGUCCCCAGACCUCAACCCAAUCGAAAACCUGUGGGGCGAGCUAAAGAGGAGAGUGCAUAAGACAGGACCCAGGACACUGGAUGAUCUAGAAAGAUUGUGCAAAGAAGAAUGGUCAAAGAUCCCUCUCUCUGUGUUCUCCAAUCUUGUGAAAUGUUAUAGGAGGAGAUUAAGUGCUGUCUUGUUGGCAAAAGGGGGUUGUACAAAGUAUUAACAUCAGGGGUGCCAAUAAUUGUGGGACACAUGAUUUCAAGUUUUUUUUUCCUAAAUGUGUGAUUUUUUUUUUUUACACCAAAGUAAUGUACUUAAAUAAAAGGUUGGAUUUUUCUCUUUUUUUGCAUUUGGGUUCUAUGUUGUUUAAAAAAAAAAGGAGAAUUUUUGGAAGUCCUCGACCACAUCUUAAACAGGGGUGCCAAUAAUUGUGGAGGGCACUGUAUAUAUAUAUAUGUAUGUAUAUAUGUGUGUGUGUAUAUAUAUAUAGGUAUACAUGUAUGGUAUAAUACACACAUGUUGCUAAGUUUCUUAAAAACGGAAAGAUUGCAGCUGGAACAGAAAUUAGCAACACUGGAACAGAAAUUAGCAACACUGGAACAGACUUUAGCAGCACUGGAACAGACUUUAGCAACACUGGAAAAGACUUUAGCAACACUGGAACAGACUUUAGCAACACUGGAACAGACUUUAGCAACACUGGAACAGACUUUAGCAUUGCUGGAACAGACUUUAGCAACACUGGAGCAGACUUUAGCAAUGCUGGAACAGACUUUAGCAACACUGGAGCAGACUUUAGCAAUGCUGGAACAGACUUUAGCAACACUGGAGCAGACUUUAGCAAUGCUGGAACAGACUUUAGCAACACUGGAGCAGACUUUAGCAACACUGGAACAGACUUUAGCAGGGAAAACCAGCCAUUUCGCGGACACCGACGUCUUGCUUCCAGACAAGCUAAACACCUUCUUCACCCACUUUGAGGAUAACACAGUGCCACCGACGCGUCCCACUAACAAGGACUGUGGGCUCUCCUUCUCCGUGGCCGACGUGAGUAAGACAUUUAAGCGUGUUAACCCUCGCAAGGCUGCCAGCCCAGACGGCAUCCCUAGCCGCAUCCUCGGAGCAUGUGCAGACCAGCUGGCUGGUGUGUUUACGGACAUAUUCAAUCUCUCCCUUUCCCAGUCUGCUGUCCCCACUUGCUUCAAGAUGUCCACCAUUGUUCCUGUACCCAAGAAAGCAAAGGUAGCUGAAUUAAAUGACUAUCGCCCCGUAGCACUCACUUCUGUUAUCAUGAAGUGCUUUGAGAGGCUAGUUAAGGAUCAUAUCACCUCCACCUUACCCGACACCAUAGACCCACUUCAAUUUGCUUACCGCCCCAAUAGAUCCACAGACGAUGCAAUCGCCAUCGCACUGCACACUGCCCUAUCCCAUCUGGACAAGAGGAAUACCUAUGUAAGAAUGCUGUUCAUUGACUACAGCUUGGCCUUCAACACCAUAGUACCCUCCAUGCUCAUCAUUAAGCUCGAGGCCCUGGGUCUUAACCCCGCCCUGUGCAACUGUGUCCUGGACUUCCUGGCGGGCCGCCCCCAGGUGGUGAAGGUAGGAAACAACAUCUCCACUUCGCUGAUCCUCAACACUGGGGCCCCACAAGGGUGCGUGCUCAGCCCCCUCCUGUACUCCCUGUUCACCCAUGACUGUGUGGCCAAGCACGCCUCCAACUCAAUCAUCAAGUUUUCAGACGACACAACAAUAGUAGUCCUGAUUACCAACAAUGAUGAGACAGCCUACAGGGAGGAGGUGAGGGCCCUGGCGGAGUGGUGCCAGGAAAAUAACCUCUCCUUCAACGUCAACAAAAUGAAGGAGCUGAUCGUGGACUUCAGGAAACAGCAGAGGGAGCACGCCCCUAUCCACAUCGACGGGACCGCAGUGGAGAAGGUGGAAAGCUUCAAGUUCCUCAGCGUACACAUCACUGACAAUCUGAAAUGUUCCAUCCACACAGACAGUGUGGUGAAGAAGGUGCAACAGAGCCUCUUCAACCUCUGGAGACUGAAGAAAUUUGGCUUGGCCCUUAAGACCCUCACAAACUUUUACAGAUGCACAAUUGAGAGCAUGCUGUUGGGCUGUAUCACUGCCUGGUACGGCAACUGCACCGCCUGCAACCGCAGGGCUCUCCAGAGGGUGGUGCGGGCUGCCCAACGCAUCACCGGGGGCGAACUACCCGCCCUCCAGGACACCUACAGCACCCAAUGUCACAGGAAGGCCAAAAAGAUCAUCAAGGACAUCAACCACCUGAGCCACUGCCUGUUCACCCCGCUAUCAUCCAGAAGGCGGGGUCAGUACAGGUGCAUCAAAACUGGGACCGAGAGACUGAAAAACAGUUUCUAUCUCAAGGCCAUCAGACUGUUAAAUAGCCAUCACUAGCCGGCUACCACCCGGUUACUCAACCCUGCACCUUAGAGGCUGCUGCCCUAUGUACAUAGACAUGGAAUCACUGGCCACUUUAAUAAUGGAACACUAGUCACUUUAAUAAUGUUUACAUACUGCUUUACUCAUCUCAUAUGUAUAUACUGUAUUAUAUAUAAUAUCUACUGUAUUUUAGUCAAUACCACUCCGACAUUGCUCGUCCUAAUAUUUAUAUAUUUCUUAAUUCCCUUCUUUCUACUUUUAGAUUUGUGUGUAUUGUUGUGUAUUGUAUAUACUACUGCACUGUGGAGGCUAGAGAACACAAAGCAUUUCGCUACACCCACCAAUAACAUCUGCUAAAUAUGAUUUGAUUUGAUUUGAACAGACAUUAGCUACAGUGUGGAAAUAGCCAUGGCGGAGUGUGUGUACCCUGUGGUGUUUCAGGUGGACAUAGCCCAUCGGGGGGAUGGACAGUGUUUGUACCCUGUGUGUGUAUCCAGGUGGACAUAGCACAUGGGGGAUGGACAGUGUGUGUUACCCCUUGUGUGUCUCCAGGUGGGACAUAGCCAUGGGGGAUGGACAGUGUGUGUACCCUGUGUGUGUCUCCAGGUGGACAUAGCCAUGGGGGAUGGAACAGUGGUGUACCCCUGUGUGUGUCUCCAGGUGGACAUAGCCAUGGGGGAUGGACAGUGUGUGUACCCUGUGUGUCGUCUCCCAGGUGGACAUAGCCAUGGGGGAUGGACAGGUGUGUACCCUGGUGUGUGUCUCCAGGUGGACAUAGCCAUGGGGGAUGGACAGUGUGUGUACCCUGUGUGUGUCUCCAGGUGGACAUAGCCAUGGGGGAUGGACAGUGUGUGUUACACCUGUGUGUGUCUCCAGGUGGACAUAGCCAUGGGGGAGGACAGUGUGUGUACCCUGUGUGUGUCUCCAGGUGGACAUAGCCAUGGGCAUGGAUGGACAGUGGGGACCUGUCAGACUGUGUGGAGAAAGUGGAGUGGAGUGUAACGGAAUGCAGGCGUACGGAACGUCAUCAUGUCCGGCUGCUGCUCGGAACCCAUUAUCAUGAAUCACCUCACCUCCAUCUGAAGAGGACGAUCUCUCUUGACCCAUCUUUUGCACCGGCUACUGCCAUGCUUCCUCAUCUCCUUCCUAAGGUACUUAUUAUUGUUUGUUAUUAUCAUUGUUGGUUUAAAUAUUAUUUAUUAUUGUUGGGUUAUUAUUACAAAUUAUGUUAUUAUUGGUGUUAUAUUAUGUAUUAUAUUGUUAUGAUUAAUUGUUAUUAUUUAUAGUUUAGUAAUAUAGUUAUUAUAGUAUUAUUAUUGUUAUGAUUAUUAUUAUUGUUAUUAUCAUAAUGCUAUUGUUGAUUAUGCUAAUGUUAUUAUGUUUAUUAUUAUGGUUAUUAUAUUCUUGUUGUUAUGGUUUCUAUUGUUCUUAUUGUUCGUAGUUGUAAUAUUAUUAGUGUUAGUAUUAUUUAAUAUAUUGUUUAGUAGUGGUAGUAGUUAAUAGUGGUAGUAGUAGUUUAGUUAGGUAGUCGUUAUUGGUAUUAGUAGUGGUUAAUUGGUAUUAGUCGCAGUCGUAGUAGUAGUAGUUGUAGUAGUAGUAGUAGUAGUAGCAGCGAUGUUUUGGUAUGUAUGGUGGUAGUAAUAGCAUUUAGUGCAGUCACUUACUUUGGCUCACUAGAUGGCCGAGAUAUAAUUAAAAGCCAUGCUACUAAAUCGAUCAGAAACUCCAUUUGUAGAAGACAGUGAUAUGAUCAUUAGUCAACUUGAUUGACUACUAUAAUAUGGUGCUGAAUGCAGGCUUGAGGUGAUCGACCCCCUAUCCAUCUAUAUGGACAUUCAUGGGGCGCUAAAGAGGGCUUUGAGGUGAUAGACCCCUCUAUCCAUCGCUAUGGGUACAUUCAUUGUGCUAAAGGCAGCUUGGAGGUGAUAGCCCCCUCAAUCCAUAUCUAUGGUUUACAUUAUGGUGCUAAGCAGGCUUUUGAGGUGAUAGCCCCCCUCUAUCCAUCUCUAUGGUUACAUUCAUGGUUGCUAAAGCAGGCUUUGGGGCCGGAUUCGACCCCUCUAUCUAUCUCCGAUGGUACAUCAUUGUGCUAAAGCAGAUUGAGGCGAUAGAACCCUCUAUCCAUCUCUAUGGUACAUUCAUGGUGCUAAAGCAGGCUUUGGGGCGGAUAACCCCCUCUAUCCCAUCUCUAUGGUACAUUUCAUGUGCUAAAGCAAGGCGUUGGGGACGAUAGGACCCCUCGAUCCAUCUCUAUGGUAAAUUCAUUGUGCUAAAGCAGGCUUUGGGCGGAUACCCCCCUUAUCCCAUCUCUAUGGUACAAUUCAUGGUGCUAAAGCAGGCUUGAGGGAUAGACCCCUCUAUCAUACUAUGGUACAUUCAUGGAUACAGCUGAGAGGGAGCUGCCGAUUCUGUGGUGACUGCUGUAUGUACGUUCUAGCCGAUGGGUUUGUGGUUUAUUGUAUUGUUUGUGAUUGUUGUUGUUCUGUGGUUAUUUAUUGAUGCUUUAUUUUGUUGUUCCAGCCCCUGGUUCUACCUGCCCGCUGACUCAGGGAGAGAAGGUUCUAUGGGGGGUUGACGGUUAUACUGCCCUAAAAAAAAAAAAAACUGUCUUCAAACUGAUGGUGGCAGAGAUGGAGACUCCUCAGAGAGUGGUUCCCAUCAUAGGUGAUAGGUAGGAUGCCUCCCGCCGGAGAGUGUUCCCUAUAUAGGUGAUGCCUCCCUCAGAGGUGUUCCCUAUAUAGGUGUGCCUCCCUCAGGAGUGUCCUGUAUAUAGGUGAUCGUUCCCUCAGAGAGUGUUCCCUAUAUAGGUGAUGGCAUCUCCCAGGAGAGUGUUCCCUAUAUAGGUGAUGCCUCCCUCAGAGAGUGUUAAUACAUAGGUGAUGCCUACCUAAGAGAGGGUUUCCCUAUAUAGUGAUGCUCCACUCAGAGAGUUUCCCCUGUAUAUAGGUGAGCCUCCCUCAGAGAGUGUUACCAAUAUAGGUGAUUGCCUCACUCAGAGAGUGUUCCUAUAUAGGUGAUUGGCCUCCCUAGAGAGUGUGCCCUAUAUAGGUGAUGCCCUCCAUGAGAGUGUGUUCCCUCGAUAGGUGAUGCUUCCCUCAAAGAGUUUGUUCCUAUAUAAGGUGAUGCCUCCCCAGAGCGGGUUCCUAUAUAGGUGAUUGCCUUACAUCAGAGGUGUUACUAUAUAGUGAAUGACUCCCUCAGAGAGUGUUCCCUAUAUAGGUGAUUGCCUCCAUCAGAGAGUGUUCCCUAUAGGGUGAUAGUGUGAUGCCUCACUCAAGAAGGGUGUUCCCAUAUAGGUGAUGCCCUCCCUCAGGAGAGUGUUCCCUAUAUAGGCUGAUGCCUGCCCUCAGAGAGUGUUCCCCGAUAUAGGUGAGUGCCUCCCUCAAGAGAGUGUUUCCCUAUAUAGGUGAUGUCUCCCUCAGAGGUGUUCCUAUAUAGGUGUGAUGCCUACACUCAGUGAGCGUUGUUCCCUUUAUAGGUGGAUAGUGUGAUUGCUCCUCAGAGAGUGUUCACUGUAUAGGUGAUGCUCCCUCAGAAGAGUGUUCCCUAGGUAUAGUGCAUAGCUGUGAUUGCCUCCCUCAGAAGAGUGUGGCUUCAAUAAAGGUGAGUAUCCAUCAGAGAGUUGUUAAAUAUAUAGGUGAUUUGUCUCCCUCAGAGUGUUCACUAUAUAGGGUGAUGCCUCCCUCAGAGAGUGUCCCUAUAUAGGUGAUGCCUCCUAUGAGAGUGUUCCCUCUUAUAGGUGAUGGGGGGCCCCUCUCCCUCAAAGAGUGUUCCAUAUGUAGGUGAUGCCUCCCCAGAGAGUUCCCUAUAUUAGGUGAUGCCCCCUCAGAGAGUGUCCCUAUAUAUAGGUGAUGUGAUCCCUCAGAGAGGUUCCCUAUAUAGGGAUAGUGUGACUGCAUCCCUAGAGGGUGUUACACCUAUAUAGGUGAUGCCUACACAAGAGGUGUUGUUCCCUAUAUAGGUGAUGCCUCCCUAACGGGUGUUCCCUAUAUAGGUGAACGGUAUACAAUCAGAGAGGUGUUUAUAUCAAUAGGCUGAUUGCUACCUAAGACGAUGUGUUCCUAGAUAGGUGAUUGCCUACAUCAGAGAGUGUUCCAAUUAUAGGUGAUUGCCGACCUCAAGAGAGUGUUUCCCCUAUAAUAGGGAUGCUAUCCCUCAGAGAGUGUUCCCUAUAUAGGUGAUGUUUCCCUCCAGAGAGUGUUCCAAUAUAGGUGAGAGGUGUGUGUCUGUGUGUGACAGUAUGCUAUCGCAGGCGUCCGAUGGCACCUAAUUGGGGAGGACGGCUCAUAGUAAUGGCUGGAACGCUCAUAAAGCAAUGGUAAGCACACCUGGAAGAUUUUCCAUGUCAAAUCAAUCAAACGUUUGAACGUUUCAAAACAUCAUUGAUGAAGAAGAACACGAUCUGGCACUGAAGCGGACAUGUACUGUUAUAUCUCCACCCUGUACAGGCCAGUAGAGGACUGGCCUACCACUCAGAGCCUGGUUCAUCCUACCCAGUACACGCCAGUAGAGUAGAGGUCAUGGCCACCCCAUCAGAAGCCUGGGCCUCUCUUACCCAGUACAGCACAGUAGUUAGAGGACUGGCCACCCCCAGAGCCUGGUUCCCUUACCCAGUACAGCCCCUAGCAGGGACUGGCCACACCCAGAGCAUGGGUCCUCUCGCUACCCAGUACAGCCCAGAAGAGAACUGGGCACCCCUCAGAGCAUGGUUCACUGUCUGGCCUCUACCCACAGUACGAGGCAGCCCACUAGAGGGACUGGACCACCCCUCAGAGUCCUGGUUCCUCUCUAACCCAGAACAGCCAGAGAAAGAAGACCUGAGCCACCCCUCAGAGAGCCUGGUUCCUCUCUACCAGUACAGCCAACUAGCAGGGGACUGGCACCCCUAAGAGCCUGGUUCCUCUCUAACCCCAUGUACAGCCAAGAAGGAGGACUGGCAACCCCUCAGAGCCGGUUCCUCUCCACCCAGUACAGCCCAAGUAGAGAGACCUGGCCACCCCUCAGAGCAUGGUUCCUCUGGAUUUCUACCCAGUUUACAGACAGUAGAGGCUGGCCAACCCCCUCAGAAGCCUGGUUCCUAUGGUUCUACCCCAGACAGCCAGUAGAGGACUGGACACCCCCUCAGAGCUUGGUUCAUCUCUACCCCCAGUACACAGUAGAGGACUGGUGCACCAGUCGAGCCUGGUUCCUCUUACCCAUACAGCCAGAAGGAGGAUUGCGCCACCCCUAAGAGCCUGGUUCCUAUCUACCCAGUACAAGCCAGAGAGGACUGGCCACCCUCGAGCCUGGUUCCUUCUACCCAGUAAAAGCCAGUUGAGGACUGGACACCCCUCAGAGCAUGGUUCCCUGGUCUGAACCAGUACAGCCAGUAGAGAUGUCCACCACUAGAGCCUGGUUCCUCUGGUUACCCAGUACAGCGUGAGGACUGGCACCAUCAGAGCUGGUUCCCCUCUAACCAGUACAGCCACUAAGAGGAACUGGCCACCCUCAGAGCCUGGUUCCUCUCUACCAGUACAGGGCCAGUAUGAGGAAUGCCCACCCCGCAGAGCAGGUUCCUUUGGUCUACCCAGUAGUACAGCCACUAGAGGACUGGCCCACCCCUAAGAGCAUGUUCCUCUCUAAACCAGUACAGCCGAAGAAGACUGGCCACCCCUCAGAGCAUGGGUUCUCUCUAGCCAGUACAACCAAGAAGAUGAAUGGCCACCCCUCAGAGCUGCGUUCCGUCUCCUACACAGUACAGCCAGUAGAGGAAUGGACCACCCCUCAGGAGCCUGGUCCUCUCUUUACCCAGUACAGCCAGAUAGAGGGGACGGCCACCCAUCAGAGCCUGGUUCCCCUUACCCAGUACAGCCAGAAGAGGGUGGCCACCCUCAGGAGCAUGGUCCUCUAUAAUCCAGUCAGGCCAGUAGAGGACUGGCCACCCCUAGCGCCGGGUCUCUCUACCCAGUACAAGACAGAAGACGAAUGCCACCAUCAGAGCCUGGUUACUCUCUAGGCUUUCUUUCCUAGGUUCCUGCCUUUAUAGGGAGUUUUUCAUAGCCACCGUUUCUAUAUUGCAUGGGUUUGCUGUUUGGAGGUCUUAGGCUGGGUGCUGUUAUAGCCACGGUGUGACAUCUGCUGAUGUAAAAAAAGGGGCUUUAUAAAUCCAUUUGAUAUUGAUUUGGUUUCCAUGUGUCCGUGAUGCCCGUUACAUGAUCCAUUUCCAGCCCCUUAUUAUGGAGCCGUCCUUCCCCUCACCAGACUCCUGUGGUUCAUACCAGGCAUUCGGAAGUAUUCAGACCCCUUCACCUCGCUUAACAGCCUUAUUCUUAAAAUGGGUAAAAUCAUUUCCCCACUCAUCAAUCUAUGCAAAUACCCAUAAUGACAAAGCGAAACAGGUUUUCGAAAUGUAUAAACAACGGAAAAUACCUAUUUACGAUAAAGUUUCAAACUCUUGCUAUGAGACUCGAAAUUGAGAUCAGGGGCCAUCCUGUUUCCAUUGGAUCAUCCUUGAGAUGUUCACAACUGAUGGAGUCCCUGUGGUAAAUUCAAUUGAUGGGACAUGAUUUGGAAAAAGGACCAAACCUGUCUAUAUAAGGUCCACAGUUGACAGUGCAUGUCAGAGCCAAAAACCAAGCCAUGAGGUUGAAGGAAUUGUCCCGUAGAGAGCAGAGACAGGAUUGUGUUCGAGGCACAGAUCUGGGGCGAAGAGGUACCAAAACAUUUCUGCAGCUUGAUAGGGUCUCCAAGAACACCAGUGGCCUCCAUACAUGCUUAAAUGUAAGAAGUAGAAGUUGGAACCACCAAGACUUUUCCUAGUAGAGCUGGCCGCGCCUGGCCAAAAAUGAGCAAAUAGGGGGAGCCCUCCCCCUCUCUCUGCGCUUGGGCCUUGGUCAGGGAGGUGACCAAGAGUCCCGAUGGUCACUGACAGAGUUGAGAGUUUCUCUAUGGAGAUGGGAGAACCUUCCAGAAGGGACAACCAUCUCUGCAGCACUCCACCAAAUCAGGCCUUUAUGGUAGAGUGGCAAGAUGGAAGCCAAAUCCUCAGUAAAAGGCAUAUUGACCGCUCAAAUGGUGUUGCAAAAGGCACUGAAGGACUCCGCCCAUGAGAAACAAGAUUCUAUGGUCUGAUGGAAACGAAGAUUGAAACACUUUGGCCGAAUGCCAAGCGUCAGUCUGGAGGAGGGAAACCUGGCAAAUCCCCUACGGUGAAAGCAUGGUGGUGGCAGCAUCAUGAUGUGUGGGGCAGGUUUUUCCGGGCAGGAGGUGACUGGCGAGACUAUUCAGGAUCGAGGGAAAGAUGAACGGAGCAAAGUAAGUACAGAGAGAUCCUUGAUGAAAACCUGCUCCAGAGCGCUCAGGACCUAGAUGGAGCGAAGGUCACCUUCCAACCAGGACAACGACCCUAAGCACCACAGCAAGACAAAGCAGGAGUGGCUUCGGGACAAGUCUCUGAUGGUCCUUUAGUGGCCCCAGCCAGAGCCAGGACUUGAACCCAUCUAACGUCUCUGGGAGGGACUGAACAGAGCCUGAUGGAGCGCGCUCCACAUAACCUGACAGAGCUUGAGAGGAUCUGGAAGAGAAGAAUGGGAAGAAAUCCCCAAAUACAGGUUGUGCCAAGCUGUUGAGUCAUACCCAAGCAGACUAUUAGGCUGUAAUCGCUGCAAAAGUGCUUCAACAAAGUACUGACAGUGUAAAGGUCUGAAUACUUAUUGUAAACGUGAUAUUUCCGUUUGUUAUUUAAUUUUGAUUACAUUCUCAAAAAACCCUGGUUUUGUUUGUCAUUAUGGGCUAUUGUGUGUAGAUUGAUGAGGGGGGAAAGAAGAAAAAAAAAAUUGAAUCAAUUUUAGAAUAGGCGGUACGUAAUAAAUGUCUGAAUCAUUUCAAUGAAUGAAUGUGCCAGGAACACCUCCUCUCCUAUAAAUGCUCCUAAAAUGGUGUUGGGCGGGGGAAGUGGGUUUUAAAUGUGGGACAGUAUUCAGAGCAAGGCUAACGAUAAAUAUUAAUAAACAAAAAGUGUGUUGUGUGAGUGUGUGUGUGUGAGUGUGUGGUGUGUGGUGUCGUGGUGUGCCGCGUUUGUGGCGGGUGGGUUCCAGGGAGAAUACUACAUCGACGACGCGACGGGAUCACGGCUAUACAUCUCUGACCAUCUUCAUCAUGAACAUCCAUUCUCGUGGUGCCGAGCCAAACUGUUCCCUCAAUGGGCCCAAGGUAGACUAAGCCGGUUCCUCACUGGGCCAAGGUAGGCCAGCCUGUCCUCACGGGGCCAAGGUAGGCAAGCACAACCCCCCACCCACCACCCCCCCCCCACCCCCCCACCCCCCACUUGUGUUCAUCACUGGGCCAAGGUAGAUCUAAGCCUGUUCCUCACUGGGCCAAGGAUAGACAUAAGGCGGUUCCUCACUGGUACAAGGUAACUACGCAUGUUCUCUACUGGGCAAGGUCGACUAAGCGUGCCUCACUGGGCAAGGUAAACUAAGCCUGUUCUCGUUACUGGGCCAAGGUGACUAAGCCUGUUCCUCAACUGGCCAAGGAGGCCAAGACUGUUCCUCACUGGGCCACAGGUAGGUUAGUCCCAGCUCGUUCCUCAAGGGGCCAAGGUAGCCAAGCCUGUUCCUCCACUGGGCCACCGGUAGUCCACGCCUGUUCUCACUGCGGCCAAGGUAGACUAGCCGGUUCAUCCAAUGGGCCCAAGGUAAGGUAGUCCAAGCUGUUCCUCACUGGGCCAAGGUAGUCCAAGCCUGUUCCCACACGGCCAAGGUUAGUUCCAAGCCUGUUCCUCAUGGGCAAAGGUAGUCCAAGCAUGUCCUCACUGGGCCAAGGUAGUUCCAAGACGUCAUCACUGGGCCAAAGGUAUUAGGCCAAAGGCCUGUUCCCAUGAGGCCAAGGUUAGGCCAGCUGUUCCUCACUGGGCCAAGGUAGACUAGCAUGUUCCUACUGGGCCAACGGUUAGGGCCAAGGCAUGUUUUCCUCACUUCGGCCACAAGGAUGGAUGCUAUGUGUAACUGUGAUAGUGUGCGUGUGUUCCCAGGUGCUCAUCAUUGACUACAUGUCUAAGAUCCUGUUUGUGUACGAGGUGGGGGAGAACUGCACCACACCAGAGAGUGAGAGAACACCUCUCUACAGCGAGGAACCAAUGUCGGGCAACUCCGCCCUGGCACGGAACCAUUACCAUGACGACCUCUACCAUGACAGCUGUUGCCAAGACGACUACCAUCACCUCAAUCCGUACCAGUAUGGAAAUGGGCACCUCCAAAACCAAAUCCACCACAGCACCCAUCAAAAUCACCUCGACAACCAUCGCUACGCCAAUGGCGGUCACCACGACAAUCAUUACAGCAACCAUAGUAACCAGAACCACCACAGCAACCCGAGCCAGACCUCCAAGGGGGACAGCGGGCAGAGGACGAAAACGAGGGAUAGAGAAAAGAGACCCCAUGGUGGGUACCACACAUCGGGAGAGAGGAGAGAAUAUAAGGCCCCCCCUCCAGGGAACCUCCAGAAACGGGCUGGGCUGAAGGAACCGUUGAAUUAA